GAGCCCCUCUGCCGGCAGCAGCGUGCUCCACAGGCCUGGGUGCGUUGCAGCGCGUUCCACUGCGGGCACGUGUGCGUGCUGGAUAGUACACGACCCGUGCUGGUGCUUACACUGCCAUGGGAUGAGAGGACGCAGCUGCUUCAGAUGCCAGCCAGAGCGACCUUGCUCCAGCACAGACACUGCUUCAUGGCUUUCCCCAACGAUGCUGCCUGCCACCCCGAAAGAAACAGCUGCUGCGACCCUUUUGGCGACGACUUCUACAACACCUCCUCGCCUGCCACCUUGUCCUCGCUCUUUACUCUGCACCCACGCUCCAUUGACCACAUUUUCGGUUCCACUUCCCCUGAGCCCCUUCAUCCUCUGCACGACCUCAAUGCCAACAGUGCUGCCUUUGCCCACAACUGCUGCUCUGCCUUAGCUGCUGUUCCCUUGUACUCGAGUGUCUUGAAGCAAACUCUAAUACCAAACCCCAAGAUCCUCUAUAUUUUCCGCCUAAAUGUCUCAAUUCAAAACACCACAUCUGACAACAAGCCUAACAACGGCCCAAACACUGCUCCCGACACUCAUCAUAACCAAUUCCUAACCACAAAUCAGGCCACCAAUGGCUUCAAUCAAGACCUACUCGAUUUUAUUAAAAACCCGCUGAAUACCAAUCCGAAUACUGAUGCUGACAUCGACAAUCAUAUCGAUAACGGUAUCGACAAUGAUAUAGACAAUGAUAUAGACAUGCAGGUGCAAGGCCUUAAAAAUAACACCACUGUCAACUUCAGCGAAUUUGAGUCCGAAUCAUUCUCUGAUGACGAAUCCUUUUUGAAUUACUUCAAAGACCAGGACUCAAAAUUAUAUAAUUCAUCCACUAAUUUCAAUACAACCAAAUUUCAUAACAAUGAUCAAAUUGAAAUUGAAAACGAAAAUGAAAAUGAAAUGGGAAAUGAAAUGGGAAAUACUACCAUUGUUGAUGACACAAUCAACAAUACCACAAUCAAAAUCAAAAAUGAAAAUAACAUUUCUGAUAAUAAUACUAAUAAUACUAAUGAUAAUAAUGAUAAUCAAAUUAUCAAAAAGAUCACAGUUAUACUAAGAAAAACAUCAAUUGAAAUUAAUAAUAAUGGCCUCUUUCUCAAUCUACCCUCUUACAUUCUCUCGGCUUCAAUCUUGCAUUCAACUAAUAACAAUAAUGAUAACUUGCUAAUCUAUCUAAACUCAAACUAUCUAUUACUAAUAAAUUUCUUUUACAACCAUUCCAAAAAAUCUUUUACUCCACUAAUUCUUAACUACUGGGAUUUCACUUUCAAUCCAAAUUUCAAUCCAAAUUUCAAUCCAAAUUUCAACCCAAACAAAUACACUCAUACAAAAAACAACCACAAUUCUAUAAAUACAAACCCUUUCAAUUCUAAUAGAAACAAUAUCCAAAAUAUUCUAUCAAAUCACUCAAACAACUCCUCCUUCACUCUAAUUUUCUAUAAUGGCCUAAUAUCCAUUUUCAAUAAACUAAACAUCCCCAAUAAUACCUCUAAUAUCAACAAUUUGCAAUAUUCCGUAAACUCAAUCCCCUCAAAGGGAAAUAUCCUUCAUUCUUGCUACUUGCACACUAAUAUCCCUCAAUCUAACGACUCACAUACUAAAAAUUUAAAAUUGUUCAACCUCAUAAUUACUGACACAAACAGACUAUUAAUACUAAUCUUUUCCUGGUCCCUAUCCAAUAACCACACUCAACAGAACACUCAACAGAACAACAAUUUCAAAAAUACUCUAAAAAGACAAUCUCUAAUUUUAUCAAAUAAUUUUGAUAUCCCAAUUUUUGUCAUUCCCUUAAAGUCAAACCCAAAUAUACUACUAUUUGUCCUAACCAAUAAAAUCAUCCUAGUUGAUACACUCAACUUGAUCCCCGACCAAUUUAAAGUCUUUAAUAUCAACUGGACUUUUCCAACAAACUAUUACUGUCCCGAUCAAAAAAUCAGAUCAGAUAUUAUUACGGAUCUAAAUAACACCGAUGAGGUUUUAAUAGCCACCGAAAAUGGCAUAAUUUAUUCAGUUAUAGUUGCAAACAACUACAUUAUAGACCUCAAUCCGCUCCUCAAUAUCGGAAAACAAUUAAACGUUUUCAUAUUUGAAAAACUAAAUUUUCAAAAAAAUUUCACAAACUCAAAUUAUCAAUUAAUCUUUGGCGAUGAUAAAUCAGAUAGCGGUAUCUACUUCAUAUCUGGUCUUCCAAUUUCAAACAAAGAAAAAUUAUAUCCAAAUAUAAGGUACUUGAAACACUAUGAAAAUUUGUCUCCUGUUUUUGAUUAUAAAAUUAUAAAGUCUUGCAACAAAUAUAAUUACUCCUCAAACGAAUUGUGGCAGAUCUCCGGCGAACAUAAAAACGGUUCCUUGGUUCAGUUAAGGUUCGGUUAUAAAGCUAAAAGUUAUUUUUCCUAUUCUAAAUUUAAGAAAGCAAUAAACUGUUUCCCAAUAGUACUUGAUUUAUUGAACCAAGAAAAUAAAUUGGAGAAAAAUAUAUACAUAUUGUUUUCAUUUGAAUAUGAAAGCUCGCUUUAUUAUUAUAAUCACAAUGCCAAAACCAAUAAAAGUAAAAAUAAAAAUAAAAAUAAUCUAGUUGAUAUAAAUGAAUUUAAUAUUAUAGAUCAGGAAAGUAAAACUUUAAUUGCCUCAACAUUAGUAGAUUUGAAUAUUUGCUGCCAAAUUACUGAAAAAUCUAUUGUGUUGACAGAUUUUUGUGAAAAAAGUAUAAUAAUAUUUCAAUCUAAUUAUAUAAUAUUUGGAGAUAUCUUGGACAACAAAAUUGUUUUCAUUAAUGAGGUUUUUGAUCAAGUUGAAAACAAGAAAAAAAUUGAGUUGAACUGUUUUUUGAUUUUGAAAGCUAAAAAUCAAAAUCAAAAUCAAAAUCAAAAUCAAAAUUAUGAUCCAGACAGUGAUAUUGAAAUGAAGGAAGAUGAAAAUGAAAAUGAAAAAGAGAAAGAUUUUUUGCAUAUAAAUUUGUUAAUGUCUUCUAUUUUUCUUGAAAGUCAACCAUGUUUUAUCAAAUUUUUUAAGAUUGAAAAUAGUUUAUAUUUUGCUUAUGGAACCGAAGAUUUUAAUAUCUUCAUUUACAGAUUCGAAGAAUUACGGAAAAAGUUUGAAUUUUUUCAAAAAAUUGAAAUGAAUAAGAUAUUUGAAGAAAACUGGAUUUUUCACGAUUUUAUUGCUAUUUGUUAUAAGAAAGAUAAAUAUUUUAUUUUUAUUUCAGAUAAGUUGGGACAGUUGUUUAGAAUUUCAAGUGGAAUUGAUAAGAAAAAUAGAAAUUUUGAAAUUGGAGAAAUUAUUAAACUACAAUUGGGAGGAAUUCCUAUCAAGUUUCAAAAGAAUAAAGAAAUGAACUCAUUGUACUUAAUUUCUGGAAAUUUAUGGUAUAUUUCAUUUUCUGGUGAAGAUUAUUACCCUAAAAGAGUUUUCUUUCAAAAUGAAUUGACGGAUAAGUUGAUUACAUUUACAAUUCCUUUAAAGAUAAGUGAGGAAAUUAGAAAGAAUAAAAAAUAUCCUCUAAAUAUUAAUAACAAUAUUAAUAAUUGUGAGUUAUUGUCGAUAAGAGAAGAUGGGUUUAAUAUUAGUAAAUUUCAAGAAAUAAAAUGUUUAUGUUCUAGGAAGAUUAAAUUGGGAUUUACACCAAGAAAAUUUAUAUAUUCUAGAGAAAAUAAUUGUUUUAUUAUAAUAUCUGAUAAAGUUGGUAGUAAAAUAACAUUUGUUUCUGGAAGUUUUAAUUUUUCUAACCCUAGUAGCAAUAAUUUUAAUAACAAUAAUGUUAGAAAUAGUACCUUCAGCACCAACCGAUAUAAGACAAUUAAAAGCUAUGAGAUAAAUAGUGAUGGAUCAAUUAUUGAUAAAAAUAGAAUCAAAAACAAAAACAAAAAUAAAAAUAAAAAUAAAAGUGAUAAUGGUAGCGGUGAUGAUAAUAGUAAUAAUGAUAACGAUAAUUCAUCAAUGUUUAACUCGGAAAUGAGUCCAUUAUCAAUUUGUGAAUGGAAAGUUCGUAAACCUAAUUCAAAUAUUUCAUAUAAAAAAUUGGUUAUUGGGUGUAAGAGUUUAAAAGGACAUGGGAUGAUAUUUUUUGUUUCUUAUGGUUUCAGUAUAGCAUAUAAGGACAAAGGAAAAGGAAAAGAGAAAGAAAAUGAAAAAGAGAAAAAAACUGGAAAUGAAAAUGAAAAUGAAAAUGAAAAUGAAAAUGAAAAAGAGAAUGAAAAUGAGUCUAAAGAAAGUGUCAUUGUGUAUAAUAAGAUCAAUUCCUUUAAGACCGAUGGACCGGUAUUUGGAAUUGAGCAGAUAAGUAAUGAAUCAUUGAUUUAUCAUUCAGGUAGAAAGGUUUUUAUGAUAAAUUAUGAUUUUAUUAGCAAAAAGAUGAGUUUAAAAGAGCUUUAUGUUGCAGCUAGUUUGAUUGUUUCAAUAAGAAUAAUUGGGGAUAAGAUUUUAAUUUCGAGUAAAGAUGAUUCAGUAUAUUUAUGCAAGAUUUUGAAAGAUAAACAAGUUAUUGGAUUACAUCACGAUGAUUCAAUGAGACAAUUAGUUAAUUCAGUUUAUUUUUCGAAAUUCAGCAAUAAUGAAAAUAAUUAUGAAUUCAACAAUAGUUACAGAAGCAACAAAUUUGCAGGGAUGAAAGAAUUAGAUGAAGCCAAUGAACAAAGAUCGGAAGAAUACGAUAGUGGAUUUUUUGUUGAUAUUGAUAUUGAUAGUGAAGAAAAUAGAGAAGAUAUUGUUAGCAAUGUAAUAGUUUCUGAUAAAAUCCAAGGCACAAUUAAUGGAUUUUAUUCAAUAAAAAAUGAUUUAUUAUUAAGAGAUACAUUUAGAUAUAAUAUGAAUCAAGUCUGUCGGUUGGAAGUCGGGAGUUUUCUACCAAUCUGGGAGUAUUUAAACAAUUUCGAAGAUAAAUUGGUAAGAAAUAUGAAUGGAAUAAAUGAGGGUGUCAGCAAUAAAAACCAUUAUUCGAAAUUGAACAGAUUUCUUUCUGUUAGUGUUUCAGGUGAAGUUUUGUUGUUUACGUUGUUAAUUGAUGAACAAUACAACAGAUUGAACAAUCUACUAUUGGAAGAUCUACGAAGAGAAGAACAAAGAGAAUUCGAGGAAGAUGAAGACGACCAUGAACACAAGAAAACCGAAGAAGAAGAGGAAGAAGAUCAAUUCGAAGAUAAGGGCAAGAGAGCUCUCUUGGGAAUACAGUCUGUAAAAUGGAUGGACCAAAACCACAAGGUGAUUGACGGAGACUUGCUCACAUACAACUGCUCUAGGAGGGUCGUCGACAUGAUGAACAGCAUUCUUCUCUAGGCUUUAUGCUAGAAGAUCAUACUUUUGUGAAAAGAUCAUAUUUCACGGAAAAGAUCGUCUUUUUGCGGAAAACUCGUUAAUCGGAAAGUGACUCAUCAAACACGUGCCUGAACCCAGAAGACUGGCUUUGUGAAACUUUUCUCUGAAAUCUUUUCACUUUCAAUUUUUCGAGAAUCGACAACAGACAACAAACAGAGCUAUCUUUUUGAGUCAGUGCUGCUUUGAAAAUUGCGAAACUACGCCACUAGAACUUCAGCAAGAGCCUGGCACAAUGUCU